CAAAGAGGAUGUGGCAUGAGAACCUUUGACUGCUACCCUGGAAGCUGCACUUUGAGUGUCAUUAGCUUUUUGAAAUAUCAGAUAACCAGGGAGAGGGUUCAAAGUUUCUAGAGGAGCUUGCUGAGCACCCUCCGAUCUGGGCACAGUGGAUCAAGGUGUGGCCCAGUCCUGGGAGCUGUGGAAAAGGCAGGAGGGACUGAAUGCCGAGCUGAGCCGAUACAGCCAGUUGUGCGAGGAGCUGCACCCAGGCUCCUGGUCAGAUCCUGACGGUAUUCCUCAGAGACUCACCCUGCGGAGGCCCCCUCCAAGUGAGACGUACUGCAGGCAAAAAGAGAAUACAUCUUGGGAGAGCCGUGGUCUAAGAUGUUGAGGACAUCACUUGUGCGCUUGGCCUGAUAAAAAAAAACAAAAGCAUAAAACAAGAAUCAUACAUACAAGGACAAGCAGGGCUGAGUUUCCUGCUGCUAUUUACCAAGAUGCUUUUUAUCUUUAACUUCUUGUUUUCCCCACUUCCGACCCCGGCACUGGUCUGCCUCCUGACAUUUGGAGCUGCCAUCUUCCUGUGGUUGAUCAACAGACCUCAGCCAGUCUUCCCGCCCGUUGACCUGAACAAGCAGUCUGUCGGGAUUGAGGGAGGAGCGCGGAAAUUUCCUUUCCAGAACGACCUAAUGCGUUGUUACUUCCCAGAUGCCAACACGAUGUAUGAAAUUUUCCAGAGAGGACUUGCUGUGUCUGACAAUGGGCCCUGCUUGGGAUACAGAAAACCAAACCAACCCUACAGAUGGCUGUCCUACAAACAGGCUUCUGAUCGAGCAGAGUACCUGGGUUCCUGCCUCCUACAUAAAGGACAUAAGCCCUCACCAGACCAAUUUAUUGGCAUCUUUUCUCAGAACAGGCCAGAGUGGGUCAUCUCUGAGUUGGCUUGUUACACAUACUCCAUGGUCGUUGUCCCCCUGUAUGACACCUUGGGAGCAGAAGCCAUCGUACAUAUUGUCAACAAGGCUGAUAUCUCCACUGUUAUCUGUGAUACACCCCAAAAAGCAUCGGUCCUGAUAGAGAAUGUGGAAAAGAGCCUCACCCCAUCCCUGAAGCUGAUCAUUGUCAUGGACCCUUUCGAUGAUGACCUGAAGCAGAGAGGAGAAAAGUGUGGAGUUGAGGUCUUAUCCCUCUUUGAUGCUGAGAAUUUAGGCAAAGAGAACUUCAGAAAACCAGUGCCUCCAAACCCAGAAGACCUGAGCAUCAUCUGUUUCACCAGUGGGACCACAGGUGACCCCAAAGGAGCUUUGCUAACCCAUGAAAAUAUUGCUUCAAAUGUUGCUGGUUUUCUCAAAAGUAUCGAGACUGUUUUCCAGCCCACCUGUAAUGAUGUGACCAUAUCCUACCUCCCUUUAGCUCAUAUGUUUGAAAGAGUUGUGCAGGCUGUCGUGUACUCCUGCGGAGCCAGAGUGGGGUUCUUUCAGGGAGAUAUCCGGUUGCUGCCUGAUGAUAUGAAGACUCUAAAGCCCACAGUUUUUCCCACAGUGCCUCGCCUGGUUAACAGAGUCUAUGACAAGGUACAAAGUGAAGCCAAGACACCCUUGAAGAAGUUCUUGUUGAACCUGGCUGUCGCCAUUAAAUUCAAUGAAGUGAAAAAUGGUAUCAUCAGGCGUGACAGUUUAUGGGAUAAGCUCAUUUUUGCCAAGAUCCAGGACAGCCUGGGUGGGAAGGUUCGCUUCGUGGUCACUGCAGCAGCCCCCAUCUCCCCUCCAAUCUUGACAUUCUUCCGAGCAGCAAUGGGAUGUAUGGUGUUUGAAGCUUACGGUCAAACAGAAUGCACAGGUGGCUGUACAAUUACAUCACCUGGGGACUGGACCUCAGGUCACGUUGGAGCUCCCCUGUCCUGCAAUUAUGUGAAGCUGAAAGAUGUUCCUGACAUGAACUACUUUUCAGUGAACAACGAAGGGGAGAUCUGUAUUAAGGGCCUCAACGUGUUCCGAGGAUAUCUAAAAGACCCAGAGAAGACACAGGAAGUCCUGGACAAAGAUGGCUGGCUGCACACUGGGGACAUUGGUUGCUGGCUUCCAAAUGGAACUCUGAAGAUCAUUGACCGGAAAAAGAACAUUUUCAAGCUGGCACAAGGAGAAUACAUUGCUCCAGAGAAGAUAGAAAACAUCUAUACCAGGAGUGGUCCAGUGUCACAAAUUUUUAUUUAUGGGGAGAGCUUACAGUCAUACUUAGUAGGAGUGGUGGUUCCUGAUCCAGAUGUGCUUCCCUCAUUUGCAGUGAAGCUUGGGAUUCAGGGAUCUUUUGAAGAACUGUGCCAAUCCAAAAUUGUGAAAGAAGCCAUUUUAGAAGACUUACAGAAAAUUGGGAAAGAAAAUGGCCUUAAAUCCUUUGAACAGGUCAAAAAUAUUUAUAUCCACCCAGAAGCAUUUUCCAUUGAAAAUGGACUCCUGACACCAACGCUGAAAGCAAAACGAACACAUCUCACCAAACACUUUCGGGCCCAAAUUGACAGCCUCUAUGAGAGUAUCCAGGAAUAGACUAAGUUUGCUGCUGAGCUGGAAGAUGCAAGAAGUUGAAACAUUCCAGUUAACUUUUCCAGUAAAUGAAGCAAGCACUGAAUAAAAUCUUCCUGCACUAGGAACAAAGCUCUAUGGGCAAACAUGCUGUCCAUACCAUGCCUUAUCUUCUGUGAAGGAACCAACUGACUUUUUCACCAUUCAACUACUAUUGUACCCUACUGUCAGAUAAUACAUGUUGCCUCUACUUGUAAAUGUAAAAUCUUUAAAAUAAACUAUUGCAGAUACGU